AGAUGGCUUCCUCGCAUCGUAUAUUCGUACUCGAGGACAAAAGGAGCUACCCGAUUAUGAUGAGGUCAUAUCAUCAAAGCUUCUGGGACGAGAUUGCUGUAGUGGCUAUAGAAAGCAUUGAGGCCGCACUUCUGCAUAUUUUGGGCGCUAACCUGCCCUCGCUAUCACUGAGUUUCUUGACCUGAGUCUCUAGGAGGUCUUCAUCGCUAUCCAAAUAAGCAUGAAACACGAUGGUAUUUUGGCCCUCCUUGGGUUACUUGCUGUCUCUGUGAAAUGCUCUGCGCUCUACCGACCGGUCAGCUAUGUGACCGGCUUGCAGAAGGACCCCUUGCAAUUAUUGAAUGAUACUGUGCUUAAACUUUCGUCCGACGGCAUCACUCCCGCCAUUGUGGUUCUCGAUUAUGGACGGGAUGUCGAAGGCUAUGCCACGUUUCAAGUCUCCCAGAGGUCUGGCGAUACCUCUGCUUUUGAAAUGACCUACAGCGAGAGUCAUGCUCUCCUGGAUUCCGACAUGGGCGAUGGUCCUCUACCCCUUGCUGCAGCGAUGGAUACUAACCGCGUGAACCGCUACAACAUCACCGACAAGAAGUCAUACACCAACCGCUUGAUCCAGGGUGGUUUACGCUAUCAAAAGCUGAACUUGUCCAGCGCCGGGGAGAUCUUUCUGUCGUCAAUUGGACUUGAACCCAGCGUCUCUAGGACCCCUUUGACCGAGCUUCCGGGCUCGUUCAACUGUUCCGAUCCAGUGCUGACCCGUAUUUGGCACGCUGGGGCACGUACCUUGCAGCUCAGCGAGGUCCCCGCUCAUAGUGUACCAGAUUUCUGGAUUCUCACGAGCGAGGGCGCUUUGGUGGACAGUCUUGCUCCCCAGCCUUAUUAUUCGAUCUGGUCCCCUUCCCUGACAAGUUAUGAGCUCCAGUUUUCGGUGACGCCUAUCUCUCAGGGAUUCGGAUUUACCGUACUAAGCGACACCCUGUCGAAUGGAAUCUACAUAUUUGUCAAUAUUGCCAAUGCUUCUAUCUCAGCUCAUGCCGGUUCCUCCGAGCUAGGCACUACGCUUGCAUCAGGGAAGCUUCCAGCAUCCAUAACAUUGAAUAGCUGGCAUAAAGUGAAGAGUACCGUGAACCUGUCUCAUGUGUCUAUCAGUAUCAACAACCUUAUUAUACUUGACUUCUCUCAAACAGCCUCGUUCUACGGGUCCUUUAGCGUGGGCGCCUCUCUGGGCCAUGCUGCCAUUUUCACCAAUCUUUCUCUGUCAGUCGAUGGACAGCAGAGAUAUUCCUCGACACUGAAGGAUAAGGCGGCGCUGCAAGACUUUCUUCUUGGAACCAAUCCUUUGCCUGUCAGCGUGGACGGCUCUCGGCGCGAUCGUAUUGCCUACGCUGGUGAUUUGGAUAUGUCUAGCAGCACGGCAUUCGCAAGCACCAACGGGCUUGAAUUUAUCAAUGGCUCGAUCGAGCUCCUCGGCUCCUAUCAGCUGACACCUGGGUUUUUCGUUCCAAAUGCGAAGAUUCAACAAUUUCCGCGGACCACCGAUGUUCCAGCGAACAUCACUGGAUUAAUCGACUAUUCAUUCAGCCUCGUCAGCGCCAUGGCCAAAUUCUACGAGCAGACAGGAGACUCGGUGUUCCUGGCUCGUUGGGCCCCGAAAGCGGCGCGCAUGUUGGACUGGGCACACUCUCAGACUUUGCCGAAUGGGUUGCUCAACAUAACCGAUCCCUCCAUGGGCGGUGACUGGGACUACUACGAUCCCACUUUGUCGGGUGUUGUCUCCAAGUUCAACAUCGUGUACGCGUACUCGCUCAAGCAGUGGCUUCCGCACCUGUCGCAGGCGGGUCUCAACGGCACCGUGUAUCGGCAGCGGUUGCAGUCCCUGCAGCGAGCGAUCAACGACCACCUCUGGAGCGACAAGCUACAGGCAUACUACCAGUCGGCCACAUACCAGGACUUCUUUUCGCAGGAAGCGAAUGCCCUCGCCAUUUUGAGCGACACGACCAGCAGCAGCGUGAGUGGCAGCAACAACCGCACAGCGGCGCUCCUAUCGACCAUGGCGCGCGAGCUAUCCGUCCUCAAGGGUGCUCUUGCCUUCUCCAACGCCAGCGUCGCAAGCGGGUGGGCCCAGAAGAUCAGCCCGUAUGCCUCGGGCUAUCACCUGAAGGCCGCCUUCCAUGCACACGACGGCAUUCAGGCUAAAAGACUCCUCCACAGCCUCUGGGGUCCGAUCAGCGACCCGGCCCAUGCAAAUUACACCGGCUGUAUCUGGGAGACGAUGAACAUGGACGGCACCCCCGGGCUGGGGUCUUCCACCUCGCUGUGCCACGCGUGGGGCGCGGGCCCUACCGCCGACCUCAGCCGCUAUGUCCUGGGCAUUCAGCCCGUUACUCCCGGCUUCAAGGAAUGGAAGGUCGCUCCCCAGACGCUGGACUUGUCGUGGGCUGCCGGCGAUUAUCCGACACCUCGGGGUCCGAUCAGUGUGGACUGGUUCUUCGAUUGCAGCGGGCGCUUCCAGAUUGCGGUCCGGGGCCCUACCGGCACCAAGGGCACUGUCUUCCUUCCUAGUCCUUUGAAUGGCACGUUUGAGGUCCAGGAUGGCAAGACUUUCCGGUAUAGGCAAUAAGACUGGCUCUUACCUUGAGUAUAUGUAUCCCUUGGCUCUUUGAUUUUUUUUUUCUAAUUUAAGGUCGCG